CUUCGAUGUAAACUGUCUGUUAACCAGUCACAGCUAUUUUGCAGAGCGAAGAAGACACUGGAGUUGUUGUUGCCAUCGCUGCCAGUUGUACGAGCUAGCAUGUAGUGACCUGUAGCCUCCUUUUUCUGUAUUUGCAAUAUGAAGAAUGGAAGAAGACGAUGUUACUAUCAGAGAGCAGAAUUUCCACAGCCAAGUUCGAGAGUACAUCAUUUGCUUCCUCCUGUUUGCAGUCCUCUACAUCGUGUCCUACUGCAUCAUAACCAGAUACAAGAGGAAGAGUGAUGACCACGAGGAUGAGGAUGCUGUUGUCAAUAGAAUAUCAUUAUACUUGUGCACCUUCACCCUGGCAGUGUCGGGUGGUGCCGUCUUCCUACUGCCUUUCUCAAUCAUCAGUAACGAGAUCCUCCUCUCCUUCCCCAAAAACUAUUACAUUCAGUGGCUCAAUGGCUCCCUCAUCCACGGUCUGUGGAACCUGGUGUCACUGUUCUCCAACCUUUGCCUCUUCAUCCUGAUGCCCUUUGCGUAUUUCUUCCUGGAGUCUGAGGGUUUUGCGGGAUCCAAAAAGGGCAUUAGGGCGCGUAUUCUCGAGACCUUUGUGAUGCUCUUCCUGCUGGCUUUGCUCAUCCUGGGUAUCGUGUGGGUGGCAUCAGCGCUAAUUGACAAUGAUGCAGCCAGUAUGGAGUCACUCUACGAUCUUUGGGAAUUUUACUUACCAUACCUCUACUCCUGCAUAUCUCUGAUGGGAGGACUGCUGUUACUCAUGUGUACUCCUGUGGGACUGUCCAGGAUGUUCACCAUCAUGGGCCAGUUACUGGUGAAGCCAACAAUCCUGGAGGACCUGGAUGAGCAGAUUUACUGCAUCCAUUUGCAGGAGGAAGCCCUUCAGAGGAGAUUAAACGGAUUGUCCUCACACACUUAUCCCCGAGGAAGCUUUACUCACCAGCUCAACAAAGAACUGGACAACAUUCGAAAUCAGAGGAAUAAAUUGGAGAGAAGAAAGAAAGCAUCAGGUUGGGAGAAGAACUUGUUGUAUCCCAUAGUGAUGCUGAUCCUGCUCGCAGGAACGACAAUCUCAGUUCUCAUGGUGGCAUUGAAUAUCCUCUACCUUUUAGUGGAUGAAACUGCCAUGCCCAAGGGAUCCACGGACCGAGGCAUUGGGAACACCUCUCUGUCCACAUUUGGUGUGGCUCAGGCAGUGCUGGAGAUCAUCCUCAUGUUCUACUUGAUGGUGUCCUCUGUCGUUGGCUUCUACAGCCUGCGAGUCUUUGAGGGACUCACUCCCAAGAGCGAUGACACAACCAUGACAACGAUCAUUGGUUGCUGUGUGUCCAUCUUGGUCCUCAGUUCAGCGCUGCCAGUGAUGUCCAGAACUCUUGGUAUUACCAGGUUUGAUCUCUUGGGAGACUUUGGGAGAUUUAAUUGGCUGGGAAACUUUUACAUCGUCCUUUCAUACAACAUGCUGUUUGCGGUCGUGACAACUCUCUGUCUUGUGAGAAAAUUCACCUCAGCGGUACGGGAGGAGCUUCUAAAGGCCUUAGGUCUGGAUAAAUUGCAACUGUCAAACAGCCCCACGGACCCUGAAUCUGGGAAGCUCUCGGCCAACGGGCAUCAGAAAACUCUGUGAAAGGGACGAUAGAUCAACACAUAGACACACACGUACACACACAUAGACACACACACACCUUAGCACAGCCAAAGGGAGAUUUCGACAGUACUGCCUGACUGCUGAAAGGUGAAAGGGAUUGGAAGGAACUUAAUAAACCCAGGCAGUGUCUGACGGAUGCCGCAAAUGGAGGCUGAGAGCAAUUUAGCUUCGUGACAUUCCAUCCUCUGCGUCUCGGAUGGAAGCUGGGACAGAGCCAGGGAUGAGACUGAGGAGUGAAAUAGACUGGCAUCACUGCAGUGACCUUGAUGUUGACCUCAACCGCGACUGUGACUUUAAACCACCCAUCUCUUGCUUCAGGGGCACUCCCCAACCCCCCAGCAUCCCUACCUGUUUUUCUUCUACAAUCUCCUUACCACUGCACUAGACAAAAUCAAGAGGGUAUAGCAGGUUUAACUAUGUCUUUUUUCUAAGUCUUACAUCUAACUAAGAGGCAAAGGGUUCUUUUCCAUCACCCUGCUCCUCCUCUUUACUCAGUAUAAUAAAUAGACCACCACAAUUCCUUUAGACUCAUUUUUUUAAUGUCGAUAUGUCCACGGUAAUCGGUGUCAGCGAUACACAGAGCAUUUGCAGUUUGUGGUCUCUAAUGAUUGGUCUUUGAUUGAUAUGUGAACUGAUCCAGGCAUGAUAAGGUAUCAUUUUUUUAUUUGUUUAAGCUCAAAAUGUGAAAACAAGAAAAUGUGCUUUGUGAAGCAUGAAAGAAGUCAGUUAUUCACUCAUCACAGCCAGUACAUAAACCUGCACGGCAUCAAUACAACUCACAUUAUAUGCAUCGGCACUGUCUUCCCUGAUGGGUCUCAGAUUUUAGCACCCGUGCUGUCAUUUGUCUUUUUUAUUUGGCUUUACUCAAGUGCGCUUUAACUUUAUCGAUGAUGUCAUUAGUUUGUAUGAAGUAGGGUAAGAACAUUUUUUUAGGUGCUCUAGAUUAGACUUGAGCUACUCUACAAAUGGGAAACUUAAUGGGAGUUGUGUCUACUUCGGUUCCAAAGAGCAGAAUGCUUUAGUGUAUUUGGAGCUGACUCUGUGGUUGUAUUUCCUGAAAUUUUAUUAUGCACAUGGUAAGAAAAUGUCAUCACAUUUUUGCUCAUCCCAAAAAAAAAUUAAGAAUUUAAAUUCACAGGGCACAGAAAAAAAUUGUCAAUUGUUUUUGUAAAUGUUGUAUUUACAUGUACAUAUUAUGUUGUGUUUCAUACCUCUUUUGCAUUAUUUGGAUGUAAAUAUUUGGGCUCUCGUUGAGCCCACUGAGGGUCUGACUCACUAAGCAAUCUGUAUUUUGUUGUACUUUUUUUUUUAAUAACACCUAAAUCGAAUGCAAACCUGUAACGGUCUUCACAUACAGAAUGCAUGAGUGAAAAAUGUGCAACUUUGCAGCCGGUAGAAAGACUUGGUGACUCAGGCCCCAUUUACAUGUAGAUGUAUUGCUGCAUAAUCUUCUGAACUGUGAUGUUCUUUGUCUCCAGAACCACCUUAAAUGCCUUAUACGACGAGCGUCUCGCAGGCUUGAUGUUAAGGUUGUUUCUUGUUCUGUGUCGUUUAUGUACAUGUACAUAUGUGUACAUGUACGUUGUUUGUCUCUAGACAGUUCCACUGUGAUCCCCUGUACGCCACCGAGUUCCUAGUCUAAAGCCAGCUGGAUAUAUCGAACACCUUGCUUUCUGCCAUGAAUGUUGUCACAGAAGCUCUUAUCUAGUCAGAGGCUCCAUUUUGAGACUCAUUCAUAACCCAUAAAACUUGAGCACUUGCUAGGAUAGGGCUGAGUGAUGUAAUGAUGUUUUUAUGGCAAUAUAAUUAUCGUGUUUUUAUGAUGACUAAAGUGACAUGAUGACAAAAGAAAUGGAACUGAGGAAAUUUUAAUUUAUAUAUGCAUUUGAAACGUUUGUUUCGCAGGACAGGAAAUGUUUUACAUCAAAGCUGUCUGCCAUUGGUUGUUGCUAUGUUACAAAGACUGGAUUUAAAGGAAAUGUAACUCUCAAUCACGAAACUCACGCUGAAGCCACCUUCUCAAAUAAGCAAAUCGGACCCAAGAAUGUUUUGUAAGAGGUGAUCUGUACAGCUUUUACCAUUCAAAGUCCAUGACCAUGUUUCUGAUUUUGAAAAAUGUUGUUUCAAGAGCGCAGUUUUACCCAAAUUAUAAACUGGCAGAAACAUUUGGUAAAUAUGUUUGGUAUGUUGUGUGCAAUUUAAUUUGUUAAGUACGUGUCUAAAGCUAUUUUAUUGUCGAAAGGACCAUGCUGAUGAUUUUGAAAAAUCAAUAUGGCUCAAUGUGUUAAAGCAAAGCAAAAAGGAUGAUACUGUAAAUUGGCAAAAGAUCAUUUUAACUGUUGGAUGAGUUGUUAAAAGUAAAAAGAAAUGUAUGACUUGAUUUGGAUGAACUACAUUAAUGAAAAUGGCCUGAGGUAGAUUUUAUUUUCCAGAUCCAUCCUAGUUGUGCACACAUCCACUCAGCUGCAGACUGGUUACACUGGGCUCUGUAUUACUUAGCAGGGAAGUGUCACUCCCGCAAUUAAACAUCACAAUCACUCCUCGCAGUAACUUCUGAGUUAAGAACUGAGAGGGUCAUUUACUAUUCGCGCAAGCUUUUCUGGUUGCCUUUACAGUACAUCUCUGUGUUGUGUGGGGGUUUCAGAAGUUGAGAGUUGGCCUGUACUGUAAGAGAAGCAGCUUUUUUUCUGUACUGUCUCUAUGUCAGUUGGUCUCUGCAUGUAAAUUUUGGUACAUGUUUUGUGAAUGUAUUUUUUUACAAUUUCUCAGUUUGCUAAAUGUAUGUUUCGUUAUUUUUUUGAUGUUUGUGUGUUUGCAAAUAAAAGUAGAAAAAUGCUUU